AUGCGCACCUCAGUCUCGUUCAGACUCUUCACCGAGACACUUCCGAUCGCGACACGAUGCCUGUAUCAUCCGUUUGUGAGUGGGAUAGCGCAAGGAAGUCUCAAGAAAUCCUCCUUUCAGAACUACGUCGCCCAAGAUGCAUUCUUCCUCCGCGGAUUCGCUGAUGCUUACAGCAUGGCAAGGCAGAUAGUCUCAGACAACGGGGACAGUCCAGGGGCGGAGAAGUUUCAUACGCUAUACAAUGGUGUUCAGGAAGAACUUCGCAUGCAUUCAUCGUAUGCUCAGAAGUGGAAUGUUGAUCUGACCAAUGUCACGCCGAACAAGUCAACUCAGGAUUACGUGGAUUUUGUGAUGGAGAUAGCGAAGAAAGAUUCUAAGAAGAUCUCGUUGAUCUGUGCGUCACUGACUCCAUGCAUGCGGCUGUAUGCCUGGCUCGGGAGCAAGUUGGGGAAAGCGAGAUUCGGUGAGAACAACAUUUACGUGGAAUGGAUCAACACCUACAGUAGUGAUGAGUUUGAGGAGCUGGCAAAGACUUUGGAAGACUUGUUGGAUGAUUAUGCAACCAAGGAAUCGACGGACUAUGAAGUGAGUGGCAGCAAUCCGAAUUUUCGUGUCGUUUCUACUUAA